CCCUGGCAAACCGGGGGAGGCCGGACCACGGUUCCACUAUGGGCCUGAGACCCAGCUCAACGACACAGAAGCGGCAAGCCGGUGUGCGGACGAGGGGGGCUUUGAUGCCAUCACCCUGGACGAGCACGGCGUGAUGCUCUUCUUCAGAGGUGCCCACGUCUGGAAGGGCUUCCACGGCCCAGCCCAGCUCAUCAAUGCCACCUGGCCGGAGAUCCAGGGCCCCGUGGACGCUGCGCUGCGCAUCCACCACAAGGCAUCCCCUGGGGUGCACGACAGCGUCUACCUCUUCCAGGGCGAGCGGGUCUGGGCGUAUGCGGGGGGCCGGCUGCGGCCCGGCUACCCCCGGCUCAUCGGGGAGGAGUUCAAGGGGGUGCCUGGGGAUCUGGACAGCGCCGUGGAGUGUCACCCCGAGGACUGCACGGCCGAGAGCCUCCUCUUCUUCAAGGGGGGGGACGUGUUCGCCUACGACCUGGGCCUGGGGGUGCUGAAGCGCCGGUCAUGGCCCGGGGUCACCAACUGCUCGGCGGCCACGCGCUGGCUCGGGCGCUAUUACUGCUUCCAGCGCGUCCGCUUCCUGCGCUUCCAGCCGGCCACGGGCCAGGUGCCGCCCGGCUACCCCCGCGACGCCCGCGACUACUUCCUGCGCUGCCCCGGGAGAGGGCACGGGCACGAGGUGCACAGAAACGCCAGCGCCAUGGGCAUCUGGGACCGCUGCAGUGGCCUCGCCUUCCAGGCCUUCACCGCGGACGACGCCAACCGCACCUACGCCUUCCGGGGGGGGCAGUACUUCCGCCUGGACUCCAAGCGGGACGGCUGGCACUCGUGGCCGCUGAACCACACCUGGCAGGAGCUGAGCGGGCAGGUGGACAGCGCCUUCAGCUGGGACAACAAACUCUACCUGAUCCAGGGCUCCCAGGUCUACAUCUACCGGGUGGGUCCGGGCUACACGCUGGUGCAGGGCUACCCCCGGGGCCUGCAGGAGGAGCUGGGCAUCGCGGGCGCUGACGCCACCUUCACCUGCCCCCACUCCGCUGAGCUCUUCAUCAUCAAAG